CGCUAUAUCAUUAUAAAAUAAUUAAUGCCUUAAUAUGCCUCAGUCGUGAUUAAAGGGCGGCUGCGUCACACCUUAAGCCAAGCCCACCAACGUCACCAACAUGGUGGUGUGAAUGGAGGGGGCGGAGCCAGUCAUUGUCAAUGCAUUUAAAGGCCUACUGAAACCCACUACUACCGACCACGCAGUCUGAUAGUUUAUAUAUCAAUGAUGAAAUAUUAACAUUGCAACACAUGCCAAUACGGCCGGGUUAGUUUAUUAAAUUGCAAUUUUAAAUUUCCCGCGAGGUAUCCUGUUGAAAACGUCGCGGAAUGAUGACGUGUGACGUCUCCCAGGACCAAUCAUGGCUAAAAGUAGUCUGUUUUUAUCGCGUAAUUACACAGUAUUCUGGACAGCAGUGUUGCUGAAUCUUUUGCAAUUUGUUCAAUUAAUACUGGAAACUACAAAGAAGAAAGAUGUUGGUGGAAAGUGGUGUAUUGCAGCUGCCUUUAGCAACACAAACACAGCCGGUGUUUCUUUGUUUGCUGUGAAGCUUUAAUAUGGAACAGAGCAGUCAAGCGAACAUGUUUCUCUACCACAUGUCAACCGGCAGGUUUCGGUGAGACAAUUGUGGUAAUAAGUCGGCUCUUACUGGAGACAUGAGCGGAGCUUGUGUCGGUCCUCCUGCAGCUGUCAAAGAGGCAGCUGUAACUUUCUUGGCUCCUCCGUGGCUUCCCUCAGAGACACUGGCGGUCACCACACCCCUUUGACUUUCAGGUAUGGCUAUAUAAUCUCACUAAAACACUAGCAGAUAAGGGAUUUUCCAGAAUGAUUCUAGUAAAUGUGUCUAAUAACAUAUGAAUUGCUCCCACUGCCCUCAUCUUUUUUUGUAGUCUUUCACUCUCACUAUCCUCAUCCACAAAUCUUUCAUCCUCGCUCAAAUUAAUGGGGAAAUUGUCGCUUUCUUGGUCUGAAUCGCUCUAACUGCUGGUGGCCAUGAUUGUAAACAACGUGCGGAUAUGAGGAGCCCUACAACCCGUGACGUCACGCACACAUGGUCUGCUACUUCCGGUACGGGCAAGGCUUUUUUAUAAGCGACCAAAACUCGAUGUUCUAAAAUAUGGCAAUAUUGCGAAAUGAUCAAGUAUGACACAUAGAAUGGACCUACUAUCGCCGUUUAAAUAAGAAAAUCUAAUUUCUGUAGGUCUUUAAAACAUUUCAGCAGUAAAAACUUGUUUUUUUUGGCUUUUUGUGUGUAAAUUCAUACCUUUUUCAUAUGCCCCCCCGUCCCCCCGGCGGGCAGUGACGUCACGUGUUUUCUCACGGCCACACUUGCGCGGGGGAUCGUGAGCCCUCUGUGACGUCACGAGACAGAACCGGACAUAGGUGACCUGGAUGCCGCCGCCACGCGCACGCGCACACCUCGACGCUGCAGUGCGCGGGAGCGUGCAUCUCUCCGCCCGCUACUUGCGCACAACACGCCGCAGAGACGACGCCAACCCAGCGGGCGGACGCGGCGAGGCAGCAGCCGGUGGCCGACGGGAAGCUGCGGGUGAAGGUGACCGGGGAUCGAAGCAUCUGAUCAGGAUGAUGAUGAGCUCGCCGUCAGACAAGAUGAAGAAAAAGUGGUCGAAGGACAGUCUCACGCUGCUGCCAUGUUUUUACUUUGUGGAGCUGCCCAUCGUGGCCUCCUCCAUGGUGUCGCUGUACUUCCUGGAGUUGACGGACGUCGUGCGGCCGCCGCAAGUCGGCUUCCGUUGCCACGACCGCGAGCUCAGCAAGCCGUACGUGGACGGCGGGGACGAGAUGAUCCCGCUGCUCAUGUUGCUGAGCCUCGCCUUCGCCGGCCCGGCCGCCUCGAUCAUGCUGGUGGAGGCUUUCGUUUACUUCCUGCAGACCCGGACCAAAGUGCGGCGCGCAGAAGGGAGCAUUAACGCCGGAGGCUGCAACUUCAACUCCUUCCUGAGGAGGACCGUGCGAUUCGUGGGUGUGCACGUGUUUGGUCUUUGCGCCACGGCGCUGGUCACCGACGUCAUCCAGCUAUCCACGGGCUACCACGCUCCGUUCUUCCUCACCGUCUGCAAACCCAACUACACGCACGUGGCCUGCGACACCAACGCUUACAUCACCAAAGACAUCUGCUCCGGACACGACCACCACGCCAUCGCCGCCGCCAGGAAGACGUUCCCAUCCCAGCAUGCAACUCUGUCGGCUUUCGCCGCCGUGUACGUCUCUGUAAGUCGGACCGGAGAGAGGGAUGGGGGUCCCCUAGAACCGCACCGGUCACGUGGAACGCUUCUCUUUCCGCAGAUGUAUUUCAACUCCGCCAUCUCGAACAGCACCAAGCUGCUGAAGCCCGUGCUGGUGUUCUUCUUCGCCAUCGCCGCCGCGCUGACGGGCCUCACCCAGGUCACGCAGCACCGCAGCCACCCGGUCGACAUCUACGUGGGCUUCCUGAUCGGCGCUUUCAUCGCCGCCUACCUGGCUUUUCACGCGGUGGCCAACUUCAAGUCUUCGGACAUCGCCCUGGCUCCGCCCCCUCCACCCGUCUUGACGGACCCUUUGCGAGCGCUGACCGAGCGAGGACAUGAGUCGGUGUACCAAAAAGGCCCCGCCUCGGCCUCCGAGAGCAACGACGAGAUAGCGGCGGCGACGCCGGCCCCGCUGGAGUGCCGAGACGGCGCUGGGCCCCUGCAGAGAGAGGUGGCGUCCAUGGGGUCCCUGAAGAGGGCCAGCGUGGACGUGGAGCUGCUGGCCCCUCGCAGCCCCAUGGCCAAAGAGACCAUGCUGACCUUCAGCAACACUUUGCCGCGAGCCAGCAUCAACGUGGGCGAGGGGGCGCCGGGUCCCGUCCAGCAGAUCCAGCCGGUCCAGCUGCGCCUCAAGGCGGUCCACGUCCCGAUGGACCCGGUCUCUUCGCAGCGUCUGUUGACUGAAUGGAAGCAGAAGUCCAUGGAGAUGCGAAGCCAGAGCACGCGGGACGAGAACGAGACCAGCGAGGACGGCUCGGAGGCGGACGAGCGAGGGUCCCAGGUCCCCAUCUGCUUGUCCGCCAAGAUCCCCGCCUCCAGUCGCAACCGCACUCCCCCGCCGGGUGUCGCCAAAGCGGUGGCGACCCCAAGACCGCCCCAGAUCCCGGAAGCAGGGCCGCCGCCGGUAUCGCCAAAGAGCUCGGUGGCCCGCGCCAAGUGGCAAGCCAUCCGAGAAAAAACGGGCGGGGACACCUCAGGCCGGGGCGCCGCCAACCAGCCGCGACUCAUGCAGGUGGUCGCCAUGUCCAAGCAGCAGGGCUUGCUGGGGUCCUCGUCUUCGGCGGAGAAAUCCUCAGAAACGGACUCCACCUGCUCCGGAGCCUCCUCCUCCGCCGCUGUCACCACCUCUCCGCGAUACCGACCGACGCCCGAGAAGCAGCGGGAGGGAAUCGUCACAGUGGACGCCCACGCCUCCCACCACCCUCUCGCCCAGGCGCCGCCCUCCGAGCGAAACGGCCGUCCCUGGGAGUGGGGCGGCGGCGACCUGCGCGACACCUACGACCUCAACAGCCUCCAGCGGGGAGACUCCGCCGCCUGCGGCAGCAGCUUCCGGCCACACCGCCCCCCCGGCGCCCCUCACUCGGCUUCGCCCCAGCCGCAGUUCGAGGUGCUGACGGACGCUCAAAGGAAGGAAAUGGCGAUGAGACGCAAGACGGCGCUGGUUCUCCUGGAGCGGGACGGCCAUCACGUUGACGAGGACAACCACUUCAAGAGUUUCCAAAACCGCAGGAUGAAGGAUUAGUCGUGGGGCUUUCAAAAUAAGAGGGACUAUCGGAAGCUUCCACCGCUUGGCGCGACACAUAGUGGGCGUGGCCUGCUAAAGACCUCCCACCGAUUGUACAAUGGCUGUUUUACCUGUGUUGUGAUCGCUCCGUUGCCUUGGUGAUGCUCAGCAUGUUUGUGUGUGCGCCUGCUGCUCCCUGAUUGGUGGAAGUGAAUAUCGUGCGUUUUUUUUUAUUGUGGCGGCGGGUGAGUUGAAAGCCAUUUAUCAACAACACCCAGAAACGCUGCCGGCUUCGCUGGGCCCCGAGCUCAUUUAAAAUGGACCAAUUGCAAGUGGGAAAGUGUUCUGUGGUCUGACGAGUCCACAUUUCAAAUUGUUUAUGGAAACUGUGGACCAAAAGAGGAAAAGAACCAUCCGGAUUGUUCUGUGCGCCUGCUGCUCUCUGAUUGGUGGAGGUGAAUAUCGUGCGUUUUUUUUUUUAUUGUGGCGGCGGGUGAGUGAGUGGGCGGGGCUAUGACUAAAAGUGGACAAAUACAGGAAAAAGCAGUGGAAUAUUUUUGUGUGAAAAUGAACUUUUUGUCGCUCUUAAUGACUUUCUGACCGGCGGUUAAAAUGUGUUCAUUUAGAAUUUCAACACAUUUUUAAAAAAAGAGACACCUGUCUCUUUAGCUCUUUAGCUUAGCUUCGUGACAAACUUCGGACUCAUCGUGCAGUUUUAAGAUCUUCGGCGGCUUUUUACGAGAUAUACUCUUGCAACCCUGCGAUGAGGUGGCGACUUGUCCAGGGUGUGCCCCGCCUUCCGCCCGAUUGUAGCUGAGAUAGGCGCCAGCGCCCCCCGCGACCCCAAAAGGGAAUAAGCGGUAGAAAAGGGAUGGAUGGAUGGAUCUUGCAACCUUUUUGUCGGAAAAAAACAGAGUUAAAAGCCAAUUAUCAACAACACCCAGAAACGCCGCCGGCUUCGCUGGGCCCCGAACUCAUCUAAAAUGGACCAAUGCUAAGUGGAAAAGUGUUCUGUGGUCUGGCGAGUCCACAUUUCAAAUUGUUUUUGGAAACUGUGGACCAAAAGAGGAAAAGAACCAUCCGGAUUGUUCUGUGCUCCUGCUGCUCUCUGAUUGGUGGAGGUGAAUAUCGUGUGUUUUUUUUAUUUAUUGUGGCGGCGGGUGAGUGAGUGGGCGUGGCUAUGACUAAAAGAGGACAAAUACAGAUAAAAGCAGUGGAAUAUUUUUGUGUAAAAAUGAACUUUGUGUCGCUCUUAAUGACUUUCUGACCGGUGGUUAAAAUGUGUUCAUUAAGAAUUUCAACACAUUUCUUUAAAAAGAGACACCUGUCUCUUUAGCUUUUUAGCUUAACUUCGUGACAAACUUCGGACUGAUCGUGGAUUUUCAAGAUCUUCGGCGGCUUUUUACGAGAUAGGAUCUUGCAACCUUUUUGUCGGAAAAAAACAGAGUUGAAAGCCAUUUAUCAACAACACCCAGAAACGCCGCCGGCUUCGCUCAUCUAAAAUGGACCAAUGCUAAGUGGGAAAGUGUUCUGUGGUCUGAUGAGUCCACAUUUGAAAUUGUUUUUGGAAACUGUGGACCAAAAGAGGAAAACAACCAUCCGGAUUGUUCUGUGCUCCUGCUGCUCUCUGAUUGGUGGAGGUGAAUAUCGUGCAUUUUUUUUUAUUGUGACUUCGGGUGAGUGAGUGGGUGGGGCUAUGACUAAAAGGGGACAAAUACAGGAAAAAGCAGUGGAAUUUUUUUGUGUGAAAAUGAACUUUGUAUCGCUCUUAAUGACUUUCUGACCGGUGGUUAAAAUUUGUUCAUUUAAAAUGUAAACACAUUUUAGAAAAAAAAGAGACGUGUCUCUUUAGCUUUUUAGCGUAGCUUUGUGACAAACUUCGGACUCUUCGGGCAGUUUUAAGAACUUUGGCGGCUUUUUACGAGAUUCCGUCGGCGAGAUUACAAGACAGGAUCUUGCGACACAUGUUUUGGGGCGGGAAAAAACAGAGUUGAAAGCCAUUUAUCAACAACACCCAGGAACACAGCCGACUUCGCUGGGCCCCGAGCUCAUCAAAAAUUUACCGAUGCAAAGUGAGAAAGUGUUCCGUGGUCUGAAGAGUCCACAUUUCUAAUUGUUUUUGGAAACUGUGGACCAAAGAGGAACAGAACCAUCCGGAUUUUUCUAGGCGCAGAGUUGAAAAGCCAGCAUCUGUGAUGGUAUGGGGGUGUACCAGUGCCAUUAAUGAAGGCACCAUUAAUGCUGAAAGGUACAUACAGGUUUUGGAGCAACAUAUGUUGCCAUCCAAGCAACGUUAUCUUGGACGCCCCUGCUUAUUUCAGCAAGACAAUGCCAAGUCACGUGUUAUAACAGUGUGGCUUCAUAGUAAAAGAAUGCGGGUACUAGACUGGCCUGCCUGUCUCCCGUUGAAAAUGUGAAAACUAAAAUAGCUUCAAAAAAUGUGUCUUCUCAGUUCCCAAACCUUUCUGAGUGUUGUUAAAAGGAAAGGCCAUGUAACACAGUGGUAAAAAUGCCCCUGUGACAACUUUUUUUUUGCAUUGUGUUGCUGCCAUUCAAUUCUAAGUUCAUGACUAUUUGCAAAAAAAAAACAACAAAAAAAAAACAUUUGUUGACUUUAAAAGACAAAGCAAAGAAAGUUUCAAUGUGAAAAACUUUACUGAAUGUAAACAUGCUGCAUGUCACCGUCAAAUAUCAAAAUAAAAUGUCUUCUUUUGCUUUGUAGUACA